AUGGCCAUGGGGCUCUGGAACCACACCUCCCUCUCAGACUUCAUCCUCUUAGGCCUAUUCAACGGUUCUCCAUAUGACUUCUUCCUUUUUUCCCUGGUCCUUUUGGUCUCUUUUGUUGCUCUAAUCAGUAACAUCCUCCUCAUUUUGACCAUCCAUGCUGACAGGCACCUGCGCACUCCCAUGUACUUUUUCCUCAGCCUUCUCUCCAUCAUGGACCUGAUCAUUAUGGGAACUGUGGUGCCCAAGAUGAUGAUCAACUUCCUUUUAGACCAUCAGCUCAUCUCCAGGGGAGGCUGUGCAGCUCAAAUCUUUCUGGUAGUCAUGGUAGGAGGAGCUGAGUGCUUUCUUCUGGCAGUCAUGGCCUAUGACCGGUUUGUUGCAAUCUGCCACCCUCUGCGGUAUCCUGUGCUCAUGAAAUGGAAGACAUGCUGUCUCCUGGCCUUGGCGUCCUGGAUGGGUGGGAUGGCUGACAGCAUUGUUGAUGUGGCUGUUGUCUUUAGCUUUCCUUACUGUGGGUCUCUCGAGGUGGACCACUUCUUUUGUGAGGUACCUGCCCUGCUGCGUCUUUCUUGUGCUGACACCUCUCUCUUUGAAGACCUCAUUUAUGCAUGCUGUGUGUUGAUGCUGCUGCUGCCUCUUGGGGUCAUUGUGGCAUCCUAUGCCCGAGUCCUCACAACUGUGAUUAGGAUGCCCUCCACUGAGGGGAAACAGAAGGCUUUGGCCACUUGUUCCUCCCACUUGGCUGUGGUGAGUCUCUAUUAUGGGGGAGCCAUGUUUAGCUACAUGCAGCGGUCCUCUGCUAGGACACCAGUGAGAGACAGGGCUACCUCCAUCUUCUAUACCAUCCUCACUCCAAUGCUCAACCCACUCAUUUAUAGCCUGAGGAACCGGGAGGUAGCCAAGGCCCUGAGGAAGACACUGGGAGGGUGGAGAACAUAG